CCUGGUACAAUGUAUUUCUGACAUGGCUCACAUAACAGAGUCAGUUUGUUUACGUAUCAGAACCGCUGUGAAUACACCCAAGACGACAUUCAGUAUGGCGGCUGUGCAGAGGGAGACGAUUCAGAAACAAAUUCAACAAGAUUGGGCCAACAGAGAAUACAUUGAAGUUAUUACUGGAAGUAUAAAGAAAAUUACAGAUUUUCUAAAUUCGUUUGACAUGUCAUGUCGCUCCCGGCUUGCCGUGCUGAAUGAAAAGCUGACAACAUUAGAAAGAAGAGUGGAAUAUCUUGAAGCACGUGUUACAAAAGGAGAAACAUUGACAUAGGCUUAACAAGGAUAGCAUCAUUCAAUAGCAUCCAUUUAUUCAUGUUGAUCCACAUUUAUAACGAAGUUCAUGUUCAUGCACAUAUCUGUGAUUGUCUACAAAGUUCAAAACACAAAAAUUUACAAUAAUUAAAAUAAAUUUAGUCAUGUCCUUCACCUUGGACUGAGACUAUUUUAAAUGGGCUUCAUAUAAUAACAAAGAAACCAACUCUAAAACUUGAUGCUUAAGUAGAAAUAGGAACUCUACUUAGCAAAUAUGUACACACAGUACACAUACUAGUGCUGUAUAUAACCACAUUUUAUUACAUGUAAGAAUAACUUACUGCUGGACCAUCAACAAUCAGGCUUUCCCUUUGCUGGUCCAUUGGCACUUACACCUGCAUCUCCAGACUCCAACUGUUUAAGCAAACGGAACAGUGCUGCUGCCUCACGAAUUCGACUGAACUCAAUACAAAAGGCCUGCACUUCAAUAAACAGCUCCUGUAAAUUAAUUUAUUAACUAUAUGCUACACAGUGAAUUCUUGUAUCUUAUAUUUGUUCACUUCACAUGGGAAUCAGAUUGAACACAAAUAUAUGGUGCACAACUUCAACAAUUCUAUCAUGUUACAUUCCCCCCCCCCUUACCCACUCAUUAUCAGAGAAUUAAGAUGUGGUUAAUGAAAUAUGAUGAUGUGUUAUGAUAACUGAGACAUGUACUGCCAAUCUCGCAACUAUGCUCUGUGAACCACUAAUAUUUCUUUUUAAUACUGAAAUAGCAAUUUAAUAAGUGAAAAUAAAACUUUAUCAGAACAAAAACUCAUACUAUUCUACUGUACAAGAGAGAACAUCAUGGCUUAUGAGUGGUGCUGAUUGAGCACAUAACACUUAUUUUAUUUCCCACAAGUCAGUACUUCUUAAUUUACUGCAUAAACAUAUUGAAAUGUAUAAAUGGAGUCUCAAAAGUUGAUGCUUAAUAAUGGAAAGUAUGGUAAAUUUUGUACUUAUAGAUUUUUACAUUGCAGAUAUGGGGUUUCAAUUGGGGAUUAGUAAUGUGUAUGUUAAUUUGAAAUAUAUGUUAUCAUUAAGUA